CUUUCCUCUCUCUCUAUCUGCAUUUGUCUCAAAAAAAAAAAAAAAAAAAAAAAAAAACCCUUGAGAAAUUGCUACACGAUCUCGUAAACGUGUCUCUCUGACUUCAGUCUUACACAUCAAUCCCUUUAGGUUCCGUUUCUAAAGUGUUCAUCUUUCAGCUUAAAUUGAUCAGUUUCUGGGUUUUAUGAAGUAAACAGAGCAAAUCAAAUUGCUCUUUAGCUAAAACCUUCUCUUAGACAGAUUGGUUAUUUAUUUUUGUUUAAAAAGCUUUAGAAUUCGUGGGAGACGAGAGAAUAUAAAACGACCAGACCAAGUUCGGGAUUUAUUCGUUUCUUCUUCUGCUUUUUGGUCUCUUCCCCUUCUCUCGACAAAAGGGUUUUAUUCUGUCUCUUCAAAAAAUAAAACCUUUUUGCAGGAGAGGAAGAAAAGGUUCAAUUUUUUCAGAGAAGCCCAAAAGGCAAAAAAAAAAAACAGAGAAAUCAAAUCAGCCAUAUUCAUGAAACAGAGUUCGAUGAAUCGAUCGUGUCUCUGUAGUAUCUUAAUAACUGCUGCUUUGAUCUGUGGUGCUUACUUCAUUGGCAAUGCUUAUCUUUCUGAAGAAUUUAAAGAGAGACUGCUUAAGUGGGAAAUCACUGAUAAGAUGCAGAACACAACAACAUCAACCAGUAUGUGCGAGAAUUCCAAUAAGCCAUUGGGUACUGAAGCAUUACCGCAAGGAAUAAUCGAGAGAACAUCGAACUUGGAAACGCAACAUCUAUGGAACUACGAUGACACAAAAAAGAGAAGUCCGAACCGCUCGAUGAGUUUGCUAGCUAUGGCAGUUGGAAUCAAACAAAAGGAGCUAGUCAACAAAGUUAUCCAAAAGUUUCCUCCUCAAGAUUUCGCGGUCAUGCUUUUUCAUUACGAUGGUGUUGUCGAUGAUUGGAAGCAGUAUCCAUGGAAUGAGCAUGCAAUUCAUGUUUCCGUAAUGAAUCAAACAAAAUGGUGGUUCGCCAAGAGAUUCUUGCAUCCUGAUAUAGUUGCGGAGUAUGAAUAUAUAUUUCUUUGGGACGAGGAUCUUGGUGUAGCUCAUUUCAAUCCUCAACGAUACCUAUCUAUUGUCAAAGAAGAGGGGCUUCAGAUAUCACAACCUGCUCUCGACACUACAAAAUCAGAAGUGCAUCAUCCUAUAACUGCUCGUCGCAAGAAAUCAAAAGUUCAUAGGAGGAUGUAUAAAUACAAAGGUAGCGGGAGAUGUGAUGACCAUAGCACCAAUCCUCCCUGCAUCGGGUGGGUAGAAAUGAUGGCACCUGUGUUCUCAAGAGGAGCAUGGAGAUGUUCUUGGUAUAUGAUUCAGAAUGAUUUGAUCCAUGCAUGGGGUCUGGAUACGCAGCUUGGUUAUUGCGCUCAAGGUGAUCGUAAGAAUAAUGUUGGUGUUGUUGAUGCGGAGUACAUAGUUCAUUUCGGUCUUCCAACGCUCGGUGUGGUUGAAACCGCUUCAAGCUCUGUACGGAAUGAGACAGACCCGAAAUCAACGGAAUCAUUGGAGUCUCGUGAAGUAGAUAAUAGACCAGAAGUGAGGAUGAAAUCAUUCAUAGAGAUGAAGAGAUUUAAGGAACGUUGGAAGAAAGCUGUGAGAGAUGAUAGAUGUUGGGUCGAUCCGUAUUAGAUAGAAACCUGAGUGGUUUAAGUAAACCGAACCAAAUUGGGAUUACCUCCAAUAGUGUUGAUAUUGUCUCUUGUUUGAGUAUGCUUUUGUGUGAUCCAAUGUAUACCAUUAUUUGGUACAUAGAUUUUUUUUUUUAUUAUUAUUGGGAAUAGACCAGUGUAUUUAAGUGUUUUAUGGACCACAGAGUAGGUUUCACAUUUGGUAGUAUUACUAGAUUUUAAUC